AUGGAUACAGUUGCAGGUGUUAGUGUCGAUAGUGUUGCUAUUCUGAAUGUGAACAGUGCAAAUAAUGUUGAUCCGUUUUAUCCAACAGCAGGCAAUACAGCCGAAACGGUGGACGCAUGUUUAGGACAUCCAAAUAUACAGAACAUUUAUCAUUAUCAUAUGGCAUCAGGCUGUGCAUUGAGUCCACCAUCAGGUACUAUUGCAUCAUGUGCAUCAACUAGUUCUUGUAGUUCAAGUAUUGCCGCCUAUGCUAUCUCAUUAUAUAACUCAUAUCGUACUUUGACAUUAAUUGGAAUAGCUAAAGAUGGUCAUGUUAUUUAUGGACCCUAUGACUCCACUGGCACAGAGGUAACAAGUGGUUACGACAUAUGCAAUGGUAUGUUCUAUAAUUCAGCUGGCGAAUACGCUUAUUUUACAACACGAAAAUUUCCGUAUAUAACUGGAUGCUUUGGCCCUGGAAACUACCCCAGUUUUUCCGUGAAUUGUUCAACAAAUGCACCAUCGUCAUACUCAAUGUCAAGCUAUGCUGGUUAG